AGGAAAGUUGAUCCAUUCUGGCUGCAGCAUUUUAUGCAAGUAGAGAUUGUCUUUGAAAGAGCAAAGAGAAAAGGGCUGUCAGCACAAAUUUGUUUGGCGGGAGCCUCUGGGCUUUCCCGAACCCUCCCCAAUGACUUGCUCCCCAAAUCCUUCGAUCCUCGCUACUGAUCCCCGUUCGACCUCUUCAAACCCACUUGCUUCAUCUGAGAGCAGACACAUCCCGACUAAACAUCAGCGAGCAGAGCUCAGUUAUCUAGUUGACAGACCUCGUCGGGUAAACAGUUCUGCAUUCCAGGAAGCUGAUAUAGUAAGCUCUAAGGACAGUGGACAUGGAGAUAGUGAGCAAGGAGACAGCGACCACGAUGCCACCAACCGGGGUCAGUCUUCUGGCAUGGAUCUCUUCUCCAAUUGUACUGAGGAGUGUAAAGCUUUGGGCCACUCGGAUCGAUGCUGGAUGCCUUCUUUUGUCCCCUCAGAUGGCCGCCAGGCGGCAGAUUACCGCAGCAAUCUUCACGUUCCCGGGAUGGACUCGGUGCCAGACACUGAAGUGUUUGAAACACCGGAAGCCCAGCCUGGGGCAGAGAGAUCUUUUUCCACCUUUGGUAAAGAGAAGGCCCUUCACAGCACUCUGGAGAGGAAGGAGCUGGACGGACUGCUGUCCAAUACACGAGCGCCUUACAAACCACCAUAUUUGAGUUCAAGGGAGCAUGUCUGUCCUCACCUCCCCUCAAGGCUCAGGAUGAAGGUACUAUUUAAAGGAAAGUUAUACCCAUGGGACACCUGAAAGGAGAAGCUCAAAAACAAUAACUCCGCUCAGAUGAAUGCAGGAGCUACUCCAGAGGGAAGAAUGAGCUUCCCUACUUAACCAAAUUAACUCAUCAAUGAUGUUGGGAUCUUUCAAUUACUCUCAAACUUGUUUAAUCUACCUGCCAAGAUGGUUUCCCAGGGUGUGGCCGCUUCUUAGAGCCCAGAGCCCCAGCGCAGAGCUGAGUGGCAGGUGAACACUAAAGGAGAAAAGCAAACAUGAAAAGGGUUCAUCAAGCCCUCACACCCAAGGUACCAGUCUUCCCUGAACAUCCCAUCUGCCCAAGGCAUGUAAAGACUUCCCCUGGUGGAAGGGGAAGAUCAGAACCAUUUGUUCCCAUGUCCAUGAAGGCUAUAGAAACAUGUACCGUGUGGUGCUUAGAACUUGGUUAGACAUCAAAGAAGCCAAGAUCAUCCGUUCUAUGGAGCCAUCACCAGCCAUCUUGACUUCCGUUUUACCACGGACUUCAAUAACUCUGGAAGAGAGAAUGAGGCUAAGGACUCUGAAACACUGCCUCACUUUAAUUUUUGCAUGGGUUAAAAACAUCACCAGUGAUGCCAUUUUGGUCCUCUUUGAGGACAAAGGACAACAACCAAACACUUGACGAAAUAACUCCCGCGCCCAACCACUCUUUAAUGUAUUGGGAAAGACAUAGGAUAGGUGGGAGUAGAGUUGAACAGCAGGUGAACUUUGGAAAUUGUCACCACUUUCAAUGACCCUAAGCUUUGCUAUUCACAAAUGCAGAUCAACAUUUGUUUUCCAAUUCAGAAUUUUCAAAGAAUUGCUGGGACUGUGAGAGAUUAAGUGACUGUACACAGAGUCCCAAAGCCAGAAUAUGACAGGUGCAGGACUUGAUAUUUCUGGCUUGGGACUUGAAUGUUUGAAAAACUUUUAAUAAAUAUAAUUGCAUUUGAUUCCUACAACAACCCUCCUAUAAGGUAAUAAUAAUAAUAAUAAAUAACACCAAUAACAAUAGCUAGUAUUUAUAGAGUGUUUCCAUAGUUUUACAUGAUCACAGUGCUUUAUAAACAUCAUCUUAUUUGAACCUUCACAACAAUCCUAUACAUUUGAUAAUAUUAUCAUCCUCAUUUCAUAGAUAAGAAAAAAGUGUGAGAGAAGUUAAAUGAUUUCCCCAGGGCAACAUAGCUAGAAAGUUUAUGUGGCAGUAUUCUGUUCAAGUUUUCUCCACUCAAAGUCUGGUGCUCUACCUACCACGUGACUUUGCUGCCUUUAAUUCUGAAGAAUAAUUUAAGGUUCAUCCAACAAGCAAUGGAAAAGUGUGUUAUGGGAGUGAGCACUGUGUAAUACAAUACAUAAGGAAUAAUGCCUUGCAAAGUCCAUCUGGAAAAAAAAUCAUGGCCAGAAAAAAUACCUGCCAGUCAUGUAACAAGAGUGAGAGAUGAUGAGAAGCUGCAUUCUCUCUUGCUGGCUAUGGGUUACCGGGAGCACAAGAAGUCCCUCUCUGCGCCCCAGCACAUUGUGUAAAGAUUCAGUAACUAAUAUGUAGGAAUAAAGACAGGAUUUGCACAAGAUAAGCAGACAUAGGUCUACCCUAGAAUCAUUGGAGGUAAUAAUAAGAUUAUAAAUCUAUUUUAAUAUUAGAAUAUUGGAAUAGGUAAAGCCUCCAUCAAAACUCGUAGUCAAAUAUAGUAGGAAUCUGAAAGAAAAAAUAGAAUUUGGUUCCUUUUCCAUGCCUAACUUUAUUAAUAGAAAGAAAGAAUGUUUAAUAUGAAACCUCUUCAACCCUUUAAGAAAGAUGUAUUAGGUGAAGAGCAAUGUUAUAAAGAAAGAAGCUCUCUGUUCAGUUCUGCUCUAACUAAAGCUUUGUAUCCAUCUGCAAAAGAUACCAUAUACCCUUAGCAUGGAAGGCAAGAAGAAGAAUGUUGAUUUGGGGGCAAUGUAGGAAAUCUAGGAAGCUUUCCAAAUUCUCCUAAUUGGUUCUUCAGAAUGAGCCUUCAUUAUUUUGUUUGAAGUGAAUUUUUAAGGCCAUCACAUGAAGCCUAUAGAGAACACUAUACAAUAAUAUCAAUGUUUACAAUUAUUUUACCAUAUUAUGAAGUUUGGGAUUAUGUUUUGAUAUUUAAAAGAAAAAAGGCAACUAUAUUUUCCUUCAAGUUAUGGAACCUUCCUUCAUUAUUUCAGCCAUGAGCUAAUCUUUUAUUCUUCUUUCCUUUCCAGAAUUGUCUUGUUUCUGAAUUUAAAUAUGUGAAUAUACUACUACUACUACUACUAAUACCUACCACUGGCAAAUUUAUCACAGUACCACUUUAAGGCUUACAAAGUGUUUUUACUUUUAUUAUCACAUUUGAUCCUCACAACAACUUUUAUGGAUGGGUGCUAUAAGGGGCAGCUAAGUGGUUCAGUGGAUAGAAGACCAGGUCUGGAGAUGAAAGGUCCUGGGUUCAAGUCUAGUGAAGCUAGACUUUUGCCUUGGAACUGAUGAUACUUAGCAUCAAAUCUCUGACAAAAGGUAAGGGUUUAUAAAAAAAAAAGAUAGAUUCUAUUGUUAUCCCCCUUUUACCAAUUGGGAAACUGAGGCUGAAGUAGAUUAUGAAUUAUCUAGGGUCACACAGUAAGUGCUUGGGGUGUUAUUCAAACUCAGGGCUUCCCAAGUUUAACACUAACCACAGUACCACAUAGCUGCCUUUAGAGAGGAAUAGAUUGAAAGCAGGAACUAGAGGUCUGAUGGUAUAACUUCCCUAACUCAAAAACCUGUGACCAUUUAGAAACCCUAACAGAAAUUUCAAUCAAAAUUCAAACUUAGAAUGGCCUUUAAGAUCCUCCCAAAUAUGACUGAAACUACCCUUCACAAUUUAUUUCACAUUUUUCUCUUUGACUUAACUCUACAUUCAUUUCAGAAAUAAUUACCAAGUACUUUUGUAUUACUUCAAUUUAUUAAAUUAGAUCAUGGAGACAGCUGAAUUGCACCAUACUUCAUCUAAGCAUCUCAACAUACAAUUCUUACUGACCCUUCAUACUAACCCAUCUUUCUUUCCUCUUUUUUUCCAUAAAAAUUUCAUAUUUUAAAUUAGAUCCACUGAGAGAAAAUAAGAGGUGAAGCUGAGAUCAUGCAAGCAUUCUCAUAAUUUUUCAGUUAGAGCCUUUAAGGAGAAUGAGGUUAAAUACCUUGUCCAAAGUUAGAGACUCAAUUGUCACUGGCAUUUUCUUCUUGUUUCCCUUUAUGUGGUUAAGGCAGGAAAAUGAAAUAAUAUCUUUUGUCUCAGUUACUCAGAAAAUUUCAUCAAUUCUCUGUUCCCCUUUAACUGUUGAGUUCUGACCAGGGCAUAAAAGUUUCACAUCUGUGAAAAAUUCCAGCUGCCUUUUCUAUGUCAUAUUCACUGUGUAACAUAGCUACUUAUUUUUAAAAAUAGGGCAGUGAAAUUUGGGUAAAUGACCUAUUUAAACACAAAGUUACAUAGAAUAUUUGAUAAAUUAGGGAUCUAUUAGGUGGUAUGUAAUUAUUGUAAUACCCAAUGAAAAGAAAUUAUUUGACCCUAUUAUUUCUCCCGCAGUGUGCUGUAUUGAGACCAAUUCUACACCUCACAUCAGGUGCAGUGACACAUUUUUUUCUAUGUAAUUUUCCAUUUGUGUGCUUUAAAAUAAUACAAGUUAAAAGUGUCAACAUAAGGACGAUAUUUUAAGCAAUUUUCUUUGAAGGACAUAAUAGGCAAGCCUUUUAUUGGGUGAUAUUCCCCAUGCAAUAGUAGACUAUAUUCUCCCCACAAUCUAUCAGUGUUAUAAAAGGUAUUGUGACAUUCAACAUGAUUGAGGGACUCAUUAUUUUGAUUCAAUUUCAACUCAAUUAAACAAAUAAUAAAAACAUCCUCUUUGUCAGGAACUUCAUUAAAUAUUAGGAAUAUAAAGUGAUUUAGUUCUCACCCUAGAAAAGAUAACCUUCUACGAGGGAGAUAUACAACAUAUAGGCAAAUAUAAGGUAUAUUCCUCCAGAGACAGCUUGCUAUUAGUUAGGGGAGAUGAGGAAAGCCUUUGUGUAAGAAGUGGCUCAUGAUGUGAGUUUUGCAGGAAGUUAGGAGAUAGGAAGCUAGACAUGCCACAGGUUAGAGGUGAGGAGAGAAUAUUUUUCAGACAUGGAAAUACACUUGAAUAGGGAAGCGGGAUGGAAUGUCAGAUAGCACGGAAUAAAGAAAGAUGAGUGAUGCUACGACUGCAAAAAGUAGGGACUGCCAUUCACAUAUCGUUAAAAAAGAAGUAAUACACUGUGCUUUUAAAAAUUACCCAUUGCUCCACUAAAUUAUUUAAAGUCACGGCCACUGAAGAGUUUUCAUUUAAUUUGUUUCAAUUGUUUCAUCUAAAAAUGAAAAAAAAUCUUAACCUACUUUAUUGGACUUUUUGCAUAAUUAAUGAUAUUUGCAAGGCACAGAGUUAUUCCCCAGGUAAGAAUCUAGCUUAUAGAUAUCUAAAGUUCUGUCUUUUUCUCAGUUUAAGGAUAGGGCUUCACAGUGUGGAAAAUGUUUUUAUUAGUGCUCCAUGUUUCUAAAACUUAGUACUAUCAAAUUUCUUAAUACUUAGAAAAUUCAAAUGACUCAACUGGGCUACGGUCAUAUAUCCAGUGCUAAUCUACCUUAAGCUAAUAGAAUUUGAAUGGCUUAUAUUUCGUUCCUUUUAUUUCACAUCUGACCCUCUUAUACUAGCAUCUGGUUUGUUUCCAAAACAGUGAUGAGGAUGGUUGGUUUAUUCUUCCACUAACACACAUUUUCAUUAUGUUUUUUUAAAAACGUAAUGAAAACAUUUCUAUUUUUAUUAGGCUCGCUGACAACACCUUUUUCACAUUAUUUUAUUUUUAGCUGGCUAAGUUUAGACAUGACAAUGUGCCUUUUAAAAUUCAAAGCCAAAUAAUCAGACCUCUUUCUUCUCAUUUUCGAUUAGCUGGAGGUUUUGUUACUUUCAGUAGAGUAAAAUAGAAUCGAUACUGGCUAAAUUCAGACCUUCUCAGUCCUUCCUUGAAGAGCUACCUUUCCUCUCUGGCAGCAUUGCAAAUCCCCAGUGAAUUUGACGAGAGAAGAGAUACCCUUUUCCUCCAAGUAUCUGUCACUCAGUUGACAGUCCAUUUUCAGAAAAGGGAGACAGAUACUAAAGCAGAAAUUCUUCAUUAUGAAUGGUAAUUUUCAUCGUUUUAGGAUAUCAGAUUAUUGGGCCACCUAGAUUUUAUAUACAUUGAAAAUAUACUAUUUUGCUGCUGUGAGUAUAAAAGGUCAUUAUCAGAGAACUAGAAAAAGUGGAAAAGCUAAGAGUCAUUCUUUCUGGUUUGAAUCUUGGCCCCAACACUUCCUAUUUGUGUGACUACAAGCAAAUAUGGACCACCUCAGUUUGGCAUCCCAAUGGAAGAUUCAAAUGGUGGUGUGAUUUUUGGCUGCUCAGUAGACAUCCCUUGUCAGCUGCCUUGACCUUCUUAAUGCCAAAGGGAGUUACAUGAGGCAUGUAAUCACUUCUUUUCUAUCAUUAUCCAUAAAGUGAGAGUACCGAAUGCUUAUACAGCCUAUCUCAUGGGGUCAUUGUAAAGGAAAGUGCUUGUUGAACAUAAUGUGCAAAAAAUGGGAACUGUUGUUACUAAUCUCUGGAAAAUUAAGACCAAGAAAACUUUUAUUUGCCUUAUAAAAUAAUUUAGGGGA